UUGAUUAUUUUUCACAUUAUUUUAGGUCUACGGAUUCGACUAUUCAAUGUGUUCAUCAAAUUACUCUCGUGCGUCCUGUACUGUGUAAGAGUUGUCAAUGAUUCAAAGAAACUGCCGUCCUUUAUAAGAUCAGUGCAAUAUGAUGAAGGAGAAAUUAAUGAGUACCUCUUCUGGGUAGACCGAAACGAUUAUAUGUGGUUAGCUCAGACGAUUGUCGCUUUCAUUAGCAUAUUCGAAACGAUAAUAAUUUUCUACAUAAGUUAUCAGGCAAGUUUUGUAGGUUUUCAUCUGAAAUUACAGGGAAACUUAUUUCGCCUGCUAGUCAAUGUUCACUUCCUUCUUGAAAUGGUCACCAGUUUCCCUUUCGCAAUCACUAUCUUCCAACCUAAUCUUCGCCGUUUGUAUGUGCCAGUGUUUCUGAAUUGUUGGCUCGCAAAAGGUUCCCUCCAAGCAAUGAUGAACGAUCUCAAUCGGGGCUCGUUUAUGAAUCAAUCGGCUCUAUUUAGACAGUUACUGCUACUGUAUCCGGAUACAUGGAUGUCAAGGCUUUGCGUCGUACUACUGAUAUGUGUAGCAUUAGUUCUCCUUCCGUCACAGAUUGAAGCCUUAGGACAAACAUGGGUUGAAAGACAGAAGUCCGGCGGUGACUAUGGCGGUGGGUGGUCGAAAAAUGAAAAGCACGUGGUGGUAACAAUCACACAUCUAGAUCAUAUGCAAGUGAUACUGUUAUCAUCCGCAGAACUUGACAACCAAACUCGUCUACUGCUGAAAAUUCCAUUGUAUCAUGAGCGCGUACACUACAUAAGAGGCAGCGCGCUCCGUGAUGAAGACCUUGAAAGGGCCCGCCUUGGUUCUGCACAAGCUUGCUUCGAUGAAUAUACAAUUCUUCGCUCAUGGGCAGUUAAGGAUUUCGCACCUCAUGUUAAGCAGUAUGUGCAGAUUUUCAGGCCAGAAACAAAAAUGCACAUAGAGCACGCUGAGGUUCUUAUUUGCGAAGAUGAAUUUAAAUACUCGCUGCUAGCAAACAAUUGCAUUUGUCCUGGAAUAUCUACAUUUAUUACAUUGUUAAUGCAUACGUCGAGAGGAGAAGAAGGAAAAAAAUCGAGUGAACCAUGGCACAAAGUGUAUGGAUUUCAUUCUGGAAACGAGAUCUACAUGAUAAAGGCCGAGGAUUCCAACUAUGGUGUUGGUUUGAUUGGCGUGAAAUCAGACGAAGAAAACGCUAAAACACUCCUCAAUCCUGGAAAAGCACAAAUCAUCCAUUCUAGCGACAUUCUUUACUAUAUGGGUUUAACAAAUGAAGAAUCACUGUACGACUUUCGAAAAGAUAUAAGGGAUCAACAAAGGAAAGCUAAUCUGGCCUCAACUAUUGCGAACAUCGGUGCGGUGGCGAUUGAUGUUCCUGAUCUAGAAGAAAGCGGAGCGGAAGAAGUCAGACUGAUUGAUGUUCCUACGGAUAGCUUACACCGACCUUCAAUCGCGAUGGUUAUGGAGAAACCGGAAGAAAGCUCCACAGAUUCGGACCACGAAGAAGGAAUAUUGCGUGCGUAUCCGCAAGUUCGCACAUACAUCGGUACGUCAAAUACUGUAUGUCACAUGUUGAGAGAGAAACGACCUAUAUGCUGUUUGCAACUGGACAAGGCAUGUCAACAUUGUUCUUAUACGUCAGCGCACGAAUACAACUGGACGAACAAUCCGAUAAUACUUGCAGCGGAUAAAACUAGCAGUGGAAUGUAUAACCUCAUCAUUCCAUUGAGAGCCUACUACCGCCCAAUACAUGAACUCCAUCCAAUUGUUCUACUGCUGGAAUUAGAAGAAACAGCGAAUCCUAAUUCUGCUUUUCUUGAUGCAAUCUCUUAUUUUCCAGGAAUAUUCUGGAUGCAGGGGAAGAUUUCAGUUUUGGACAACCUCUUACGUGCUGGCGUUAGUAGAGCUGAGCACGUCGUUGUCGUCAAAGAAACAGCAUCGCUUGGCGAAGAACAUUUUGCUGACUGCAAUACCAUAAUUACUGUACAAAAAAUUCAUCGAAUGUUUCCUCGACUCCGUAUGAUCACAGAACUCACACAUGCAAGUAAUAUGCGCUUCGUGCAGUUCAACGCCAACAGUCCAUAUUCAUUGGCACAGUCGAGAUUUGAGAAGAAGGAACGAAAGCGAGGCUCACAUAUGCCUUUCAUGUUCCGCAUUCCUUUCGCACAAGGCGGAGUAUUCAGCGCUAAUAUGUUGGAUAGAUUGCUUUAUCAGGCGAUCAUCAAGCCCUAUGUAGUGACACUAACGAGACUUUUGUUAGGAAUUGACCAGACGGCUGGUAGUGGCUAUCUCACUUCGAUUACGCUGACGUCCGACGAUCUAUGGAUACAGACAUACGGACGACUGUAUCAGAAACUCUGCUCAUCAGUUGCAGAUAUACCCAUUGGUAUUUUCAGGACAAAAUGUAUGGACUCAAAAACAGUCUCACAUGAAAUGGAAGAAAAAUAUCGAACAAUGGACAUCGCAGAAAUAUCGAGGGAACGAAGGAAGGACAUGUACAAUCAUGUUAAAUCGCGAAUGAGAGAUAUGGGAAUAUCCUUGGAUGAGGAGUUGCUCGAUAAUGGAGAAGAUAUUGACAAAGGUAAUACGAUUUCAUUCGUCAUUAUCAACCCAGCAGCUGACUUGCAACUCGAGGCUGGUGAUAUCAUCUAUGUUCUUCGGAGUCCAGUGAAACAAGAUGCCAAAAACGAUAGAAUUAACCCAAGAAGGGGAUUACGAAGAACGCAUAAUGAACAAGAAAUCACCGCUGAUGAUCUAAGCAAAGGUGGUGGACAAGCAAGCAUCUACCCAUUUCCGUCAAUGGAGAGCCACUAG